AUGAAGACCUCAGCAGCCCUCCUCCCCCUCGCCGCUGUCCUCGCUGGCGCGGUCGAUAUGGCGUCCUACCAGCCCGCCGCGGGCGUCGAGGUGGGCUUCGGCGACUUCCUCAAGGAGUUCUACACCACCAUGGAGAAUAAGUCCGCGACCGACACCUUUACCGAUUUCUGGCCCGCCGACGACCUCGGCGACUUCUUCUACCAGGGCCACCCGUUCCCCGGGUCCAACAACAUCCUCGGCAUCAAGCAGGCGCUGCUCCCGCAGAGGGGGGACAUGGUCCUGUGGGACCUGGUCCGCAACGCCUCCGUCGUCUCCGACUCGGUGGGCGAGAAGACGUAUCAAGUCGAGAUUGUGAUCCAGACAUCAUACCCCACAGGAAACUGCUCGCAGGCAUAUGGCGAUGCGACGUUUACAAUGCUCAAGGAUCAGCACGGCUUUCCGAAACUGAUACCGCACUCCGGCAGCUUGAGUCAGUACAACCUGACUGUCUCGACAACGGGAUCGCCCACAUGCAUUCUGAAUUGA